CCCCCCCCCCCCCCCUCUCGCCGCGGAUUUGUCGUUGCAGCGUUGUUGAUGUUGAGAGGCUCGCAGUUCAUUCCCCACACGGCGAUCUCCGCUUCACCUCCCGCGGCAUCGCUCUCCGCUCACCCGCAAGAUGGCAACAGAAAAACAAGCGUUACGGGAUGGAGGGCACCAAAUGCCUAUGUCGCCUCCGCCGUACCCAGUGCAGGAAGCCUCGGCAAACGGCACGCCACAGGGCUACUCCAUGCCCAUGCACCCGUCCGCCAUGGCGAUGGGUAACGAGGGAUACAUGCAAGAGACUCAGUUCAACAGCGGUGUACCCCAGGGGUACGUCAUGUCCGCCAAUCACCCCGCUGGGCCGAUGGGAAUGGCGGGAUAUGGGCACCAAGGAUACACCGUGCAGUACCAGCCUUGCGCUGGUGCCUACGUGCCAGUCUACCCGAUGGCAAAUAACAUGGGGCCAUGUCUGCCCGGCAACAACGGGAUGACGCAAGGGGGGCAGCAGUUGCCCCCUUCUGUCGGGAUGAUGAACCCGCCGAGACCCCCUCACGACUAUCUUCCGAUCGCAGUGUUGACCACGGUGUGCUGCUUCUGGCCCACUGGGAUCUUUGCCAUAAUCAAGGCCGUCCAGGUGCGGACGGCCAUCGCCCGCGGGGACAUGGUUUCGGCGGAGAUCGCGUCCCGCGAAGCACGUAACUUCUCCUUCAUCAGCCUGGCUGUGGGCAUCGCUUCCAUGGUCCUCUGCGCCAUACUGACGGUGGUGGUGGUCAUCGCGGCCCAGCAUCACGAUGAUGAGUGGGACCCUUAGCCCGGCCCCCCCCGACAUAUCCCCCCACCC